CAUCUUCAUCUACCAAAACCCUAAAGCGAGAGCGGCUAUUUCACAGGUGGACCCUAAAUUGAAGCUCUUACUUAGUUUCGAAACUCUUUGAUAUCAGCAAGCAAAAAAUCAUGGAAGGGAAAGAAAACUGCAAAGAUCUUCUGAAGUUGGAGCUGGAGAAUCCAUCUUCUUCUACCUCUGCUAUGGAUUCGGCACUUUUGAUCUGUACAGAGAAGAAGAAGAAGAAUAAGAAGAAGCAGAGGGAAGAGGAGGCUCCUUCAUCGAAGCCACCAACUAUUGCUCCAGUUGCCAAAAGCCAAUUUCUCGACAAAGUGAAAGGUUUCUUGGGGGUUAUGGCGGAAGCUAACAAGAAGCUGAAGCAAGAAGCAGCGGAAGGAAACUCUGAAGCUUUUGAUAUCGAAGCUUUAACAGGAAACGAAUCUCAAGUUAUCGAAAUGGAUUUGAUGCUCGGCGUCGCUGAUCUCAACACACAUGAAGCUGUUAGUGCCGCUGAAGCAGCUAUUUCAGGCGUUGGUAUGGCUAGUAGAGGUGGAGAUUCGAGCAGCGAUGAUGAGAGUGAUGAUAGCGACAGUGAUGCAGAGGAGAAAGAAUGUAGCAGAAAAAGAAGCAGAAUCAUUGAGCUCUCUUAGAAAACAUGUUCUCAAUUUCAAUAUUUUACUUGAUAUGAAAACUUUUGCCUAGUGUUAUCGUUGAGAAUAUAAUGCAUCUGUUUUGAAAAUAAACAAUUUUGGACCGUGAA